UGCAGUUGAGUGACCCCUUCCUCGCUCCCCCCCUGACUUGACCCCCACAGGACGCCGCACGCCACCUUUGUUUACAGGUAAGAGCAGGUACGAGAGCAUCACCCCGCACCUGACGAGUUACCUGUUUUACCUGGCCUGCAUCGCCUCCCCGCACGCCAAACUGAGGAUGGGGACGCGGGUGGCAGGAGGACUCCACUUCUCCGACAAGUCCCUGGUGGGGGUGUCGAGGCUGCUGGAGGACCUGCAGCACCUGUUGGAGGACAAGGACUCGGCUGACAUCAUAUUUGUCAUCGGCCGAGAGGAGACGCACAUAGCAGCCCACAAGCUAAUCCUCAAAGCCAGAUGCAAGAGUUUCGUGGAGGCCUCAGGGGGGGAGGUGUGUGUCAUCCCGGGCAGCACCGUCACCCCCGGCAGCCCCCAGACCACCAUCCGCCUGCCCCAGUACCAGCCCGUCAUCUUCCGGCAGGUCAUCAACUACAUCUACACGGGGAAGGUUGUGAUGAGCGACAGUGGAGUCUUUGAGGUUCACGGCGUGGCGCAUGACCUGGGCCUGGAGGAGCUCUGUCAGCACUGCGAGGACCACAUCGCCACCACCAUGACGCCCCACAACGCCUGCACCUUCCUCAUGGCCGCCCUCAAGAUGGAGCAACGCACAGGGGGUCGGUGUCGCCUGAGGGAGGCCCAGAGAAGGAGCAAGGGCAGCCGCUCCUUCGUGGACCGCUGUGUGGCGUACAUCGGUGAGAACGCUCUGGAGUGUAUGCAGACUUCCUCCUUCCUCAACCUGUCCCGGGAGGCUCUUAUACGACUCAUCUCCUCAGACAAUCUGGCUCUAGAGGAGGAGGAUGUGUGGCGAGGCGUCCUGAACUGGGCCAAAUAUGGGGCGGGUGUUGCCCAGCCCACGGCACACUGGACGGAGGAGGAGAGGCUGCGGGUGUGUCAACAGCUGCAGGGCGUCAUCAACCAUGUGCGUCUGCUGCUCAUAGACAGCCAGGUGUUUGCCGAGGAGGUUGAGCCCACAGGAGCGGUGCCCAUGGAACUGUCCCUUGAGAGGUAUCGCUACGCUGCCCUGCCCAACAAGUUCAAGGACAACUCCACCAAUGAGGACAAGCGGCUCCAGCCCAGAGUGUCCCUCAAGCUGUUUGCCGGGUCACAGAUACUGAUCAAUGAGAAGAUGUCCCUCCAGCGUGUCCUCAACAGCUGGUACGGCGCCAACAAGCAGAUGUGGCGCCUGGUGUACCGCGCGUCCACCCACGGCUACUCGGCUGAUGCCUUCCACCGCCACUGUGACGGUGUGGCGCCCACCUACACGAUCGUCAUGGGCCAGCACGGAGAGAUCUGCGGCGGGUUCAGCGACGUUCCCUGGGGCAAGACGACCAUGAAGGGGCGCUACGUGGCCUCGGACAAAGCCUUCCUCUUCACCCUCGUCAACAACCAGGACAUUCCGCCCACAAAGUUUCCCGUCAUCAAGAAGAUGUUCGCCAUUUGUUACCAUCCAGACUGUGGACCCAUCUUUGGCGCUGGGGCCGACCUCUUCAUCGCUGGGAACUGCAACCAAAACCUCGAGAGUUACUCCAACCUGCCUCACUCCUACGACGGUGAAAACGCCUCCUGCAACACACUCAUGAGCGACUACAACUUCACUGUGCUGGACUACGAGGUGUUCUCCCCCUACGGAAAGUGAUGCGGGACUUCAGUGUUCAAGAGAAAUGUGAUGGCAGACCUGUUUUUAUCAUAUGGAGAGUCUUGGGGUUACUGUGCCAUGUUCCGGAGGGGUGGUGGUGGUGGAGGAAUUGCAAUAGUGUUUCUCUGUGGUCAUAUGGGAGGUGGGUGAAGGGAUGGGCUACUGGGGCUUAAGGGAGGAAGUAAGAAGCUAAGGGUUUGUGUGUAUGUUAAGGGGCGAGCGAGUGUUGUACCAGGGCUUUAGGAAGGAAGUAAGGAGUUAAGGGUUUGUGUGUAGAGGGGCGAGAGUGAAUGUUAUACUGUGGCUUUGGGGAGGAAGUAAGGAGUUAAGGGUUUGUGUGUAUGUAGAGGGGCGAGCGAGUGUUGUACCGGGGCUUUGUAGCGGUCAAGUUGGGAGAGUAGAAAGGGAGUGUUUAGAAUACCUGAAGUGACCUUGGUGCCGCUGUGCUGCCUGUGUGCAGCGCCACAUUCUGUUGUCAUAACCGCAGAGCCUGACUUUGUAUGAGUACAAUGAUUCAGUGUCUUUCUGAAUAAAUUUAUUUAAUAUUUUACAUUAAAAUACUCAAUGAUAAUUAUUUUCAUCAUGUAUGAGAUGAAAAAUGAUGACUAUUUAGAUAGUUGCAUGAAUUGACUACUGGCUGUCCAGAUUAACUCGCAUGAACUUUUCUCAAGAAGGUGUUUUAUUUUUUGUGGUACAAUUUUUUGUAUUAACUGAAUGAUGAGCUCUGCUGCUGCAUCUCUCCCAGCUCUUAUCAUUAGUGACUGCCUUGCUGAGCCAUCACAUGCCUGGGUGUGGCUGGUGUCAAGAAGUUGCCUUGUGAGUUGAUCUGAAAAGCCUUUGGUCAAUAAAUACUUGUUUGCUUUUGACAAUCCUUGGUUAUUUACUCUAGUUGAUAUGAUAUUAAGGUGUUCACAUGGUGAUUUAUAUACAGUAAUAGUUGUAAUUUGUAAUACUGUUGUCUGUUGAAUUGUUCUAAAAAUAUAUUUAGCAACAAUAAAGUUGAGUUUUCA